AUGUGCAAAUUUCAGCUGUCACCCGAAUAUUUAGCCGUGUUGCGACAAUUCACCGGAACCGAACCGCAGCCGUACGCCACAAGACCCAAUAAUGCGCCACAGCGUAGGCCUCUUCCAGAUUAUGCCAAACAGCAGCAGACGUUGCAGCAGGCAUACUACAAUUAUCGCAAACCCGCCGUGGUUCCUCCGAGACCGAGACCUCAGCUACAUCCCCAGGCGUUGAUUCAAGCUGAGGCUGUAGCGCAAGCUCAGGCGCAGGUCCAGGCGCAAAAUCAUGCCGUGGCAUUGCAAUCGACGCGCGGGCCAUCCGGAGCGUCCACGUAUCAGGUAGAAUCGUACACCUCACCGAAGCUGGGCACGUUCGAGCAAGAGUUGCUACAACUGGUAUCCGCCAAUCAGGCCCAAGAGUUUAACCUGAUUCCGACGCAGCCUAAAACCGGCUAUCCGCAACAAGAGUACAUCAAAUCAACGGCGACCUCGGCGUCUCAUUUACCCGAGCAAUACCAUAUCGAAACUAGUCCGCCCCCUCGUUAUCCGCCGCAGCAACGAGUGGCGGCGACGUAUCAGUCAAUCGAGCAGCCGGUCCAAAUUCAAUAUCAAACGGCGCAACCGGCUGAUUAUUCGUCAAAGGGUGUCGAAGCCUUCAGACCGUCCCCGCAAUACGACUACGUGGAUGACGGCGCUCAGCUGAAAGCCCAGGCGGAAGCCGAAGCGAACGCCAGGGCUCAGGCUCAGGCCGAGGCGCAGGCCUUAGCUUUUCAGAAAAUCGCCCAGGCAUCGUAUCAGAAACAUCACGACGCUGCUCUAGAACAAAUCAGAAUUGAUCACGAGAGAUACAGGCAGCAGAGCGCUUUGGAACAAAUUCAACAAGGAGAUCACGUGAGCGAUGCCGGACGAGCUCACAUCGAGGGCCAGCUGCAACCCAAGGACCCAGAGGCCGCGUACAGGGCAAAGUUGAAAGCGCAGGCGGCUGCCGAGGCAGCCGAAGCCAGAAGACUUCAGGCAGCUGCUGAAUACAAGGCCCACUCCGAUGCCAUACGUCAAGUCGAAGCUCAGCAGCAGGCCCAUGUCAAGGCCCAGGAGAAGGCUCAUAACGACGCUUUGAACUUUGAGAGAAAUCAGUUGCGUGCCCAAGCCCAAGCUCAGGCGCUGGCGCAGGCUCAAGCCGAAGCGUUGUACAAAGUCUAUCAGCAGUCACGCGCCAAAGCCAACAGUGAGAUUUUGGCAGCCGCCAGAGCUCAGGCAGAGGCCAAGAAAGCAGAUCCUGACGGCACACCGGUCAUCCAGUACCUUUUACCUAGCACUCCCAAGCUCCCGGCACCUAAUAACUAUUUUACCAAUGACGACGUCAACAAGUAUCAGGCUUCCGGCUCCACCUACGCUUCUAGAUCGGUGACUAAACCACACUCCAGUGAGUCUACCAUUCAAGAGCAGGCUUACGUUCAACCUGUUAUCAAUCAACCUCGUCAAGCGCACAAACUCAAAGUUCCACCGACUCAGUCCUCCGUUUAUAUUUCUCAAUCGGGUCUCUUGAAAAAGUCGCCGGUCAAGUCCCUCACCAUCGAAGAGAUCGUCGAUCAAGGGGAGUUAAACAGCCCUCAAGUCAUACGUGUUCCUUCUCCUAAGGAACAGCAACAACCUCUGACACAGGAAGAGUUGUCCGCUCUAAUUAACGCCGGUUACAGCGUAACCCCGAUACCUCAGACGGUAAAGCCGACUCAGCCGAGCUACGUGCCGGAGAAUACCUCCGCCGUGUACUACUUGAAGAAACAGCGACCAGCGGUUAGACCUGAAUACGUUACGUAUGAGGAGGUUCUACAGCGAUCGCGAAGACCCAUUAGAAAGAAUACGCCUAUUCUGAAACCGGAUGACGCUAAUGCUAGUGAAAAAGUCACUUUUUUGGUGCCCUUGGAACCUAGUUUUGGCACCAAACAACCGUCGCUCAGAAGUAACGAGUGAUCGGUCAUCUUUAUCGUCUUCGUCGUUGUCGUUGUCGUUGUCGUCAAAAAAUGAUAAACAAAUACUUAGAGAAACCUGAACGCGUUACUAUUAGUCUAAAUCUAAAUUUAUUUCUCUUACAUUAAAUGGCAUAAUUUUCUUUCCCUCUUUUGUUCCAAACUUAUGUGGAACGAUAAGUGAUGCCAGUUAAAAAGAUCAAUGUUUACAAGUGCAAAUUUUUCUAGUUUCUAUUUCCGUUCUCACGACUUAAUUUUGAUUAGCUUCUUCGGCCUUAUGCCAAUUGGACAAAUUCGCUCUAAUACUAAUACCAAUAUCGAUGAUUGUUUUUAAUUUCCUUUUAUAAUUUUAUGACUAGUGAUCCUUUCUAAGCCUAUUUUUCGAUACCAGCUCGUAAACUCGAUAAAGAAGAAACGUUCUGGUUAUUUUUUACGCAAUUUCAGUUUUUGGUGUUAACAAUGCUUUCCGAAUGGUAUUAAAUAAAUUAAUAAUAUAUACACAAGUUUUUUACAUUAAAUUAUAAAUGAUUUUCUCACGAAAAAAGUCGAGAGACAAAAGAUGGAUAUGUUAAUAUCGUCCGGAGAGCGUAAAGUAAAUUUUCUUGUAAAAUUAUAAAUAUACUAUAGCAGACUUUAGAGAAAUCUGUAGAGCACAUUAAAAAAAAUACAAAUAUAAUUUAAAAGAAUAUUUUCUUGAUGAUGUCUAUGAUAACAAACAAAAUGUAAUUUAUAAUCGAAAGGCAUUUGCAAUAAAUCCGCCUUGCGCGAUAUUAUCUAGUAAAUAGUAAGUGCGACGGUGCUGAGUCGAAUGAUUAUUAAUUUAUACUUUUUUGUAAAUAUUAGAUUUUUAACUAAUAAAAAUAUAUUAAAACCA